UGUCGCUUCAGCAAUCGCAACGAUGAUGAUGCCCCGUCCUCUUUGUCUCGUCGCGUUUCUUUCCGACACUGUCAUAGACAAUCUUGGAUCGCGAGGGCAGAACGGUCGAGAUGUCGUCGAAAACUCUUCAUAACGAACAUAUUAAGAGACCUAUGAACGCGUUCAUGGUUUGGUCACGAGGGCAGCGACGGAAAAUGGCCCAGGAGAAUCCCAAGAUGCACAAUUCGGAGAUUUCGAAGAGGCUCGGAGCUGAAUGGAAGCUGCUCAGCGAGAGCGAGAAGCGGCCUUUCAUCGAUGAAGCUAAAAGACUUAGAGCCCUCCACAUGAAGGAGCAUCCCGACUACAAGUACCGUCCCCGCAGGAAGCCGAAAUCGUUGGUGAAGAAGGAAAACAAGUUUGGCUUCUCGAUAUCACCACUGAUGUCCUCAGGUGAAACCCUAGGCAAUAUAUCGAGAGGUCUGCUACCCCCUUUAGCGCCUCCGUCCCAUCACACCCUGAUGAGCCACGAGGACCUCAAGAUUCCACGAUUCUUCCCGCCCUUUCCUUAUCCUCUUUACCCCAUUCAGCAUAAACUCGGAGAGGAAUUCAAUGGCGGGAAACUGGCGGCAGAUUUAGCCUUCCAAGCUCUAUACGGAGGCAGCACCUUCUAUUCCGGUCAUCAGACGAUGACCUGGCCAGGAUUGUCAACAGCCACCUGUCUGCAACCGAACUGCGGUUGCCCCAGUCCCUCGAAAGACCCAAAAAGGCCUUACGUCCCUACUAAAUUAGAAGAGAGAUCCUUUCCUAGUCCAGGGAAACCGGAAGACGAUGGGUUCCCGUCAGAUCGUGAUUCCAGCAGGGAGGAAUCACGGUACAGAAAACUAGAGGAUGAUGCGUUCUCGACAUCGGUGGACAGACAUCAGGAAGACAGAUCCCAGGAUCGUUUCUCUUCGUCUUCUUCUUCCUCGCCGACUGAUCAGACGGAAAAAGUGUCCAAUACUCUCCCGACGACAACGCCGACCACUAAAGUCGAGAGUCCAUUUUCCGUUCAAAAUUUAACGUCAUCCAGCUCGAAUUUAGGUGCUCAUCACGGUCAUGUCAUAUGAAGGCCGCUUCCGGUUCUCCCGGAUCUAAACUUCCGGGGGAACCUGGUACCAGCCGGAUGGCCCAGCACCGAUUGGUGGAGGGUCCCACCGAUGCUGUCGCCGAUUCCUCAAGCAACCGUCACGAAUCUGAGCGCAACAGCGAAGGAGGAUGAGAUCCAGUUUCAAGUGGAUCAACAGAGGACCUCGGUGAUGGCUAGAUCGAGGAACGUUCACAUCGCCAAUGUGCAGUGAUCCUUCGCGGAGAUCGAAAGGUAUUCUGUUGGAGAUCGCGUGUGAUUAGGUUCCACUCAUGUGACUCAAUUUAGACAGUGUAUAAGGUUAGAGUCUUUCAAACUCCAUGGAAGACUAUACCGAUCCUGCCACAGUCCACGGACUAGAUACCGGGCUGUUUGAAACUUGUUGCAUUUUGUGAUCAUUUCGACAGCCCAUCUUUGGCGCCAGUGUUUUUAUUGCAAUUGUACGAUGUACAGGGUGGAUCAAAGUUAACGGUUCACCCUGUGGGUGUUGAAAUUUCGAGAGGCUCGAGAAUGUUUCUGAACGAAUCAUCGAAAUAGCUCGAUGGAACUGUUCUUUGGACGAAAAAGAGUCGACGUUUCGUUAUGCGAGGCCGAUGUUGGAUAGGAAAAGCCGAAUCGAUAACUCGCCACGGCCGAAAUCCCACAAAGAGAGAGAGACACGAAACGGUUCUUUCUGGCAAAGCUUGUGUGCAGGGACUCGCGGAAGAGUCCAAUUUUGAUGAGAUAACCAACCCUCUCGUGGCACUAUUACCGUACACGCGAGCCAAAGCGGAACGGGAGAACAGAAAGAGCCGCUGGUUCAUG